GAGUGCCGCUGAGCUGGACAGAGCAGACAGACAGACACAGAGGAGGGCUGGUGUAUGGAGGAAGGUACCCUCAUGCCACCGUGGUUUACCGGGAAUUAAAAAUCUGACGCCCAGCGUUGCGCGGCGGACGCUGUCGGAGGAAUUAGAACACAACACAACAAAAUGCAUCUUUUGGUGAUUUGGAUACUGAUGGCGGCUCUGCAGUUUGUUGUUCUGAGUGGAGAGACCGAGCGGUCGUUGUCAAGCAAGCAGGGGUCGUUGCCAUGCAUGAGGGGGUUUACAAAGGAGAAGUACAUCAUCGAAAUGGACCAAGAGCUGGCAAAGGGACAGGCUGUCUUCAACAUGAGCUUCACAGACUGCGGUGGUGGGAGGGUGUGGUUCGAGGUUCAAGAUUCGUCUGAUUUCAGGGUGAGUGAGGAUGGUGUGGUCUACACCCUGCGGUGCCUCAGUCUGGCAGGAAAGGAAAAAGCCUUGGUGGUUGUCAACGCUCAAGAUCUGCAGUCCAAACAGGUCUGGAAUACCACAGUGCACCUCCACAUACGUCCAAAUGGCAACAAUGCAGGACCUGAACAGGUAAAGCCAAGUGAUGCAACACUGACUCAGCCUCUGCCAGAGAUCAUGUUUCCAUGGCACAGCAUAGUUGUCAGGAGUGAUGGCAGUCUGAGGCGCAUGAAGAGGGACUGGGUCAUUCCGCCUAUCAAUGUCCCCGAGAAUUCACGAGGACAGUUCCCGGAGGACCUAGUUAGAAUCCGCUCAGACCGGGAUAAGAACCGGAUGCUGCGUUACAGUGUGACAGGCCCUGGGGCAGACCAGCCUCCGACCGGCAUCUUCAUCAUCAACCCAAUCUCAGGCCAGCUGUCUGUCACCAAACCUUUGGACAGAGAGCACAUCUCAAACUUUCAUUUGCGAGCCCACGCUGUGGACCUUAAUGGGAAUCAGGUGGAGAACCCCAUUGACAUCGUCAUUAAUGUCAUUGAUCAGAAUGACAAUAGACCGGAAUUCACACACACCACCUUCAACGGCUCUGUACCGGAGGGAUCCAAGCCUGGAUCCUUUGUGAUGACAGUGACAGCGUUGGACAAAGAUGAUCCAAAAACUGCCAAUGGGAUGCUGCGAUAUAAGAUCCUCUCCCAGAAUCCCCAGAGUCCCUCCUCCAACAUGUUCACCAUUAACAACAAGACUGGGGACAUCAUCACUGUGGCAGCAGGCCUUGAUCGGGAGAAAGUCACCGGGUACACCCUGAUCAUCCAGGCUACAGAUAUGGAGGGAAACCCCACUUAUGGCCUGUCUAACACUGCCACCACUGUCAUCAGGAUCUCUGAUAUCAACGACAACCCCCCAGAAUUCACCACAGACACAUUCUUCGGAGAGGUUCAUGAGAACAGGGUGAAUGUGAUCGUUGCUAACCUGACUGUGACAGAUAAAGACCAACCUCACUCUCCAGCCUGGAGCGCCGUGUAUCGAGUCAUCGCUGGAGACCCCACAGGACGCUUCUCCAUCCCUACUGACCCCACCACCAACGAGGGUCUGCUCACUGUGGUCAAGCCGAUAGAUUUUGAGCUGAACCGUUCAUUCAUGCUGACAGUGGAGGCGGAGAACGAGGUCCCGCUGGCCCGAGGCAUCCACCUGCCCCGUCAGUCUGCAGCAACUGUCUCUGUACGAAUCCUGGAUAUCAAUGAGAGUCCAGAGUUCAGCCCCAACCCCAAGUCCAUCAAACUGGAGGAGGGUCUACCUGCCGGGUCCCUGCUUACCACCCUCACUGCCCAGGACCCUGACCGCUUCAUGAGACAAACUGUCCGGUACUCCAAGAUGUACGACCCUGCCAACUGGCUGGAGAUUGACCCGGUUAAUGGUCGGAUUUCCACCAUUGCCACCCUCGACCGAGAGUCUCCCUAUGUCAAGAACAACCUCUACAACGUUACCUUCAUGGCUUCUGAUAACGGUAUCCCACCUGCCAGUGGGACAGGCACCCUUCAGAUGUAUCUGCUGGAUAUUAAUGACAAUGCACCUCACGUGUUCCCCCCUGAGGUAGAAAUGUGUGAGAAACCAGAUCCCAACAACAUCAGCAUCACAGCCAGUGACCCCGACCUGACCCCUAAUGCUGGACCCUUUGCCUUCGAGCUGGCCAAUCGUCCAUCAGACAUACGCCGCAACUGGACGCUCAGUCGUCUCAAUGGCGAGUAUGCCCAGCUUCGACUGCGGAUCAGCUCAUUGGCUAGUGGGAUCUACGAGGUUCCAAUCAUGAUCACAGAUUCUGGUAACCUCCCAAUGUCCAACACAUCCUACCUGAGGGUCAAGGUGUGCCAGUGUGAUCACCAUGGAGACUGUGUGGACAUGGAGCGUAUCAUCGCUGCUGGACUGGGCACCGGAGCCAUCAUCGCCAUCCUUAUCAGUAUCAUCAUACUAUUAGUGCUGGUGUUGCUGUUUGUGAUGUGGAUGAAGAGGAGGGAUAAGGAGCGUCAGGCCAAGCAGCUCCUCAUUGACCCAGAGGAUGACGUCCGAGACAACAUCCUCAAAUAUGACGAGGAGGGAGGUGGAGAGGAGGACCAGGACUACGAUCUGAGUCAGCUGCAGCAGCCUGAUGCCCUGGAGCCAGAUUGUGUCAAAGUGGGGAUCAGACGUCUGGAUGAGAGGCCACUCAAUCAUGACCACCAGUAUCCCCUCCGCUCUGGUGCCCCCCACCCUGGAGACAUAGGAGACUUCAUCCAUGAGGGCCUAAAGGCAGCAGAUAACGACCCCACCGCUCCCCCAUAUGACUCCCUGCUGGUGUUUGACUAUGAGGGCAGUGGCUCCACUGCCGGUUCCCUCAGUUCCCUGUACUCCUCCUCAAGCUGCGGAGACCAGGACUAUGACUACCUCGGCAACUGGGGGCCACGCUUCCGCAAGCUGGCCGACCUGUAUGGUGGAGGGGAGGAUUAGGACCCUUAACCCCCACCAACAAAAACCACCCUCCCCACCCUACCCUUGCUCCGAGGCUCAGGUGUGGGUGGGGUUAAGGAAAGAGGAUAUGGGUAAACAUGGGGUUUGGAUUGGCGCUUCUGUUUUACCACAGGACAGCUUGUAAAGAGUCUUGCUGCCUCUUGAGGACAGUUGAUAACACUAGAGACCAUCCUGACCUAGCAAGGCCUGGUAGUGGGGAGCAUUCAGGCUAAUGGACAUUUUCAUCCGAGCACUAGCCCCAGAGCUAACAAAUGUGAGCAGCCAGAACAGUGCACUCAGAGGGGAUGUUCUCUCUGGGAUGGUUAAGAGCUACGACAGCCAUGCUACAGAUGCUCAUUACACUUGAAUCUCACAGUACAGGAGCACUUGGGUCAAAUGUGCCUUUUUGUACAUUCUUUUGAUUGUGUUCAGUAUUGAUUCUGUACAUUGCUUUAAAGCUCCUGGUGUUUUGCAACGGCAACUGGAGGAGCACUUCACCAUGAUAAUGACUGCAUGCAUGUGUGUUUGGGUGCCACCUUAUUAUUUGUGUUUUUGUGUGUGUGUGUGUGUGUGUGUGUGUGUGUGUGUGUGUGUGUGUGUGUG